AGUACUAGCACACAAACAGAGACAAUUAAGUUGGGAAGAUAAACGAACAUAGAGAAGAAAAAAAAAAGUUAUUCACAGUAACUUCACAAUCCACUUUAUUUAUUAACCAAGAUAAUCAAUUGAGUGGUUGAUUAAAAAUAAAUGGAGAAUCAAAGAUUGAAAAAGCAAGAGAUGAUUGAAGAGAGCAGUGAUGAUUGUACUUCAAAAGAUGAAGGGAAGGUUGAGGAAUGCAAGAAGUUCUUCCAAAAACAUUGUCUAAAUUUGUUUACCUCUUAGGAACAUAUCUCAAGCCAAAUGUGGCUAUUUUGGAUGGUGUCACAAUGGGAAGUGGGGCAGGUAUUUCGCUUCCAGGAAUGUUUCGCAUUGUAACUGAUAGAACUCAAUUUGUAGCAUUAAAAGUACAAAAGAGCGCUCAGCACUACACGGAGGCAGCAUUGGACGAAAUUACAAUUUUAAAGCAGAUUGCGGAAGGCGACCCGGACGGAGAAAAAAGUGUAGUGGGGUUACUGGAUCAUUUUAAGCACUCAGGUCCAAACGGUCAACAUGUGUGUAUGGUUUUCGAGUAUUUAGGUGACAAUCUCUUGUCACUUAUUAAGUAUACUGAUUAUCGAGGACUGCCUAUUCACAUGGUUAAAGAACUUUGUUUCCAUGUUCUAGUGGGUUUGGAUUAUUUGCAUAGACAGCUUUCCAUCAUACACACUGAUGUGAAAGCUGAAAACAUGCUACUCUGUUCCACGAUCGAUCCGUCUAAAGAUCCCAGAAAAUCAGGAGCACCUCUUAUUCUUCCUAGUGAUACAGACAAGGCUUCACUUGAGUUCGGGACUGUGAAGAGCCGUGUAAAGUUCUACGGGAAUUUAACUAAUAACCAAAAGAAGAAGAUCAGAAAAAAGCCCAAAGAAGAAGCUCAAGUUUUUGCGAAUGUUAAUAGAUUGUCUAGCACUGAUACUGCAACAGCCAGUGGGAAAGAACACGUGGCUCCUACGAGAGGGAGCGGUUCUAGAAGGAGGAAGGCGCUGGAGUCUGUUGACCUAAGCUGCAAAUUGUUUGAUUUUCGGAAUGCGUGUUGGACAUACAAACAGUUCACGGAUAAUAUUCAGACGAGGCAGUAUCGGUGCCCUGAAGUCAUCAUUGGGUCUAAAUAUUCAACCUCAGCAGAUCUUUGGUCCUUUGCUUGCAUUUGCUUUGAGCUUGCGACUGGUGAUGUGUUGUUCAAUCCUCACAGUGGUGACAACUUUGACAGAGAUGAGGAUCACUUAGCACUAAUGAUGAAGCUUCUAGGGACAAUGCCUCGGAAAGUACGAGGUAGUACCUUUAACCACUUCAAACUUCUUACACUUGUAUGCAUCAGUCAUCCAGUGAUGCCAUGCGAUGCCUCACCAAAUUAAAGCGCCUGGUAAUUGGGGGCUGCCCAGAGUUAGAAAGUUGCAGCAAUCGGAGUGGCCCAAACUCCCAGUGGUCCAACAUUUCCCAUAUUCCAAAAAUUGAAGUAGGUGGGAGGAGAAUUCAGAACUUAGGAUUUGUCGGUAUGUUGGUCAACUUGGUUGAAAAUGCAGUACUGAUAAAUGAUAACCACCUCCGUUGUUGUUAUAACAGUUAUUUUGCUAGAUGCCUCUGGAUUUUACCUAAUAUGGCAACCAAUAUGAGGAAAGACAAGGCAAUUUCUUGCCAACCUCUUUGGCAAGUGAAACGAAUCUGAAAUAUUCCUGUCAAUCUAAACAUUUUGGUGCUCUUGCGGUUUAUAGCAUCACUGCAUAAUCAAGGAAAUUGACAUGCCUGUGUCACAGUACUUAAGUGCGUGUCUUUCAUCCUGCACUUGAAACGCCACAUGGUCCACCACUUUGCUAUUUUUCUUUUCGUCCAACUUUUUCUAGCAGCUGAGGGCAUACCGGAAAGUCUCUCUACCUCCCAUGCAGCGGUAAGGUCUGCGUACACUCUACCCUCCCAUACCGGAAAGUCUCUCUACCUCCCAUGGCAGCGGUAAGGUUUGCGUACACUCUACCCUCCCUAGAACCCACUUUGUGGGAUUACACUUGGUAUGUUGUAGUUUUCGUAUAUGAUUUUUGUUUGAUUCCCUCCAUAGCUGAUAAUGUCAGGAGAAGGAAAAUUAAUUCUUAUCUUGCAUUUAGUUUGAUUUGCAUUAAGAAAAUUUCAUGACUAUAUUAAAAAAUUAGAUCUUAAAGUUUUCUACUGAAGCACCACAAAAUACAAAAUGAUGGUGAAGAUAUCUGUAUCUCAGUCACAUCUUAUAUUUCGUGGAUUUUCGGUGGUUUCUUGGGGGGUAAAGUCCCAAGUAUACAAAUUAUUGCAAAAAGAAUUCACAAGUCUAAGAUGAGUCAUGAUUUCUGCCUGAAGAAAAAGAAACGGGAAAGAACAAUCUAGCAACUAUAAUGAAAUUGUGCAAUUUAUUUCAUCCUGAUAAAAAGCUUUCCAGUUUACGGUUCAAAGAACAUUCUUCAUGUGGAAAACAAAAGGUAUUCUGUGAGGGUUCAAUCCGUUUACGAGGUUUGCCUGUUGUAACUUGCUAGGUGCCAAUCUCCACUAGAUAUCAUUCUUUCCUCAGCGCUCCCAUUUUAAGCUGAUCUGAAUAGCUUCUGCCAUCGCUAUCUUAGGGUCUGAAUGAUCCUCUCACAUUAAUUGAGCAUUUGUGAUUGAACAGACUUGGAGGUCUUAGUGCGGGCUGUGGAACAAUUGAUUAAAGAUACACCAUUGGGCAAGAUGACUUGAUGUAAUCAUGCUGACAACAACUGGAGUGAAGCUUGUCUCAGCAAUAACAAUUGCUCGCUGCUUCACAGCCGUGCAGUUACCUUUUGCCAAAUGCUGCUAAGAAAAAGGCAAAGAAGGCAAACUGCGGGACAAAAAAUGCACCACCAUUUCAAUCAAAUAUGCAAAUAGUAUAUAGUCUGUAAAUAGUUUUCUCAUAUGUGAUGUAAAUAAUAACCAUACAAUAUCCAAGAAUGGUACUUUUUAUCCCAGAUGUGUGUAAAUAGUAUGUCUACCAAUAAGGUAACAAAUAUGCCCUCACGGGCCAACCUUGCCUAGUAUUAUGAACAAAGAGAACCAAAAGUGAUUUGUGUACAUGAAAACUAAACUAAUUUUUUGUGAAUCAAA